AAUGAGGAGAGGUGAAGAGAAAGAUGAAAUUUGGGAAAGACUUCUUCAGGAAACACUUCACGAUAGCCGAAACUAUGAGGAAACGGCUGAUUUACUGUUGACAACUGUCAAAGCACCUCUUGCUGAAAUUUCACACUAUAAGCAACGUCAAACUACAAAACUGCAAACAUUUCAACGAAAUUUAAAUUCUUUGUGCAGUAGUUGUACAGAAAAAUUGACCCAAGCCAAACUCAAAUACAGUAAAGCCUUUGAAAAUUACGAAACUGGAGCCAAAGAUAGUAAAAAUCAACUGAAUGAAGCGCACAAUAAUUUUAUACUGCAAUUGUCCGCCUGCAGAACAACAAGAUUAAACUGCAAAAAUUCUGUUAUUACAAACGUUGGUCGGGAGUUGAGUGAAAUAAGUUCUGAUUUAAAUUCCGCCUCGGUUGCCGCUUUUGACAAUUAUGUCAGAUUAAUGCAAUCUAAAUUUGUGGAGAUGAACUCGAGAUAUACGAACUUGAUGAAAAUCUUCAAAAAUUUCACGAUAGGGAGCCUGCAACAAGUUGAUUUACAUAAAAUUGACGACGAGUUACCCGACUUUGAAGAGGAGAGUCCCAUUUUGGAUACGAAUCGAAUUAUAUUCGAUAGGUUUUCUGAUGCUGAACUCAGGGAGAAGAAGGCUGUAUUAGAAAAAGAGGCUUUCGAGUUAUCUUCCUACUGUAAACUCAAUCAGGAAGUCAUUUCUACGUUGAUGACCAUUUGCCAAAGGUGA